AUCCAAGGUUCCAAGUGAAUCACAAUGUCGAGCUGCAGCAGCUCCAUGACAGCACGAGGGUGUGCCCACUUGGCGAUAGUGUAUGUGUCGGAAGGCCGAUGUCCAUCAAUCCUUAGCGAGUUGGCCGUGUUUGCAGCAACGGCCACAGCAACUGAAGCAGCUCCUCGUGCGUUGCUGGCACACUCGUUUGCAGAUCCCACGUACAACCGCACAAGUUUCUACUUUGUUGGCUCGCACGUCGCGGCGUCCGCGAGCUCCUUUGUCAAGGCGGCGCUCGCGCGGCUGGAGUUUUCGACGCAUCGCGGCACGCAUCCAACACUUGGGACGGUGGAUCACGUGUGCUUUUCCCCUCUAGGCACUGCUACUGCGCUCGACUCGGCAUCCGAAGCGUCGACGUUCGCGUCGAGCUUGCACUCUGCAGUGCCCACGCUGCCGAUCUAUGGAUAUGGUCCGAGGUUGACUGGGUUGUGUCUCAAGGACAUUCGCAAGUCCCUUGGCUACUUCACGCCUACGACCACUGGAGCCGCGACCAUAGGCAGGUUGCAUGCACUGGUGAAAGAAAACCCUCCAUCAGCCUGGACAACACAGCAUGUAAAUGCCAAAGGAAUCGACCCAGAGCUGUUGUCUCCUGAACCGCACGGCGUCUUAUGCAUGGGCUCCGUGCCACUAGUGCUCAACUACAACCUGCGGUGCCACCCACAAGACUCGAAACUUACCGUGGCCAAGCUAACACGGCAAGUUCGCUGUAUCGACCAGGUGGAAGCCCUGACGUUACAGCAUCAAGAUGGAGCGUACGAGGUGGCGUGCAACUUGUUGAAUUGUCAAGAGGGGACCCCUGCGCAAGUCUUGUCCGCGGCGGAGGCUGCCGCCGUGGAGGUGGGCGCACGCAUCACAGACGCGUACUUCACGGGGCCGACCGAGGCCGCGCUGUUAGAGGCUUGGCGCGCUACAAUUGUAUUGGAAAGUGGAGUAAAAACAAGCUAACGCGAGCAAUCAGUGAUUUGCCAAA